GAGUACAGGGAGUGAAUUCGAGAAGAGAAAGGAAGACGAGCUGACAUUUUUUUCUGUUGGGACUGACUUAUGAUUAAAAGCCUCUGAGGACAGUUGAUAAUGAGUGGCUCACCCCUGCUUGCACAGUCUGUUCUUCCAACCCCACUGAAGUGCCCCAGUUGCCACCAGGCUGGGGCCAGAAAGGUCAAAGGUCAGUGUGCUGUGUGUAAGCGCUGCUCCGAGACCCUGCGCCGUGUCUACCAGUUCUGCUGGGCCUGUGGGAGGGAGUGGCACCAGUCAGGAGGAACCCUGGAGGGCCAAGGGGUCCAUUUCUCCUGCCCUCUGCCAGGCUGUGCCCUCAGGGCUGCCCUCCUCUCCCCAGAGGUCAUUGUUGAUCCAAGCAGUUCAGCCCAGGGAUGCCCCUUCUUCAGGGCCUGUCCUCACUGUAAGGCCAUCCUCACUCACACUGGAGAGGGAUGCCCCAAUAUCAUCUGUCCACACUGCCAAAAGGAGUUCUGCUUCCGCUGCUUGAAGGAGGAGUGCUAUGAUUAUGAAGAGGAAGAUGAUGAUGAUUUUGAGUAUCCUUUACCAUGCACUGUGGUGGACAACAGUCAGUCUCUCAGAGAGUUGGAACUGUAGGGGCUAUGCAACGGUCUGUAGAACAUAUUUUACGGCCUCAUUCAUUACCACUUGCAAAAGGAAAUCAUCUUGAUUGUAAUUACUAUUGGAAUUAUUACAUUAGUUCUAUGGUACAAAGACAUCAUAUUGCUAUGCUGCAUUGCUUCUGUAUAGUUAAAUGCAAUCUGUCUAAUACUCAAGUAAAAGAUAAAUAAAGCCAGAAGUUAUCAUUUGUGUUUUCACACCAGUGGCGUGUAUUCAUGGAUGCCAAGGGAAGCCAGGCCCCCCCCCCCAAAAAAAAUUAAAAUAAAUAAACAUAUAAAAU